AUGAGUGAUGACAAUUCGGAUUCACUGUAUUUUACACCGCUGUAAGUUUUUAUCCGAGGAAUUUUUUGGGGAUUUUCUAUGGCUUGUGAAGAAAAUUCGAUUUUUUUGCAGAGGUUCUGGACAGGAAGUUGGGCGAUCAUGUCAUUUGCUGGAAUACAAGGGAAAACGUGUUAUGGUGAGUUUUUCAGUUGAAAAUAUUGAUUUCUUAUUGAAAAUUAGGUGAAAAGCAUUAUUUUCAGUCUGAAAUUUCAGCUAGAUUGUGGUGUGCAUCCAGGACUUCAAGGUGUCGAUGCUUUGCCGUUUGUUGAUUUUGUGGAUGUGGAGAAUAUUGAUUUGAUGUUGGUGAGUUGGUCUUUGGGUAAAAAUAUUGAUUUUUAUAUGGAAACUUAUUGAAAAUUGCGCUUUUUUAUCAAUUUUCACCUGAAAAUAACGAAAAAUUACGAUUUUUCACCCAAAAACCACCAUUUUCCGUUUCAGAUCACCAAUUUCCAUUUGGAUCAUUGUGGCGCACUUCCGUGGUUUCUGCAAAAAACCGCAUUUCGCGGAAAAUGUUUUAUGACGCAUGCGACGAAGGCGAUUUAUCGAAUGAUGUUGGGAGACUAUAUUAGAGUAGGUUUUUUGAGGAAAUUUGAACUUGGCGCGAAGAAUUAAGCGAGAAGGUGAAAAUUUGAAUUUUUCUGUUUCGCGCAAUGUUUUUUUGGCCGGGAAAUUUGAAAAUUUUGAAUUAUCUCCUUUCCUCGCCUUUUCCUCACCCCGCCAAACUCUAAAAAUUCAAAUUCCCGCUCUUCAGAUAUCCCGCUACGGUGGCUCCGACCGCAACCAGCUCUACACUGAAGAUGAUCUCGAAAAAUCGAUGGCAAAAAUCGAGGUUAUCGAUUUUCGAGAGCAGAAAGAGGUGAAUGGCAUCAAAUUUUGGCCGUAUGUUGCUGGACACGUUUUGGGGGCUUGUAUGUUUAUGAUUGAGAUUGCUGGUGAGUGAAUUUGGAGCAUUUUGAUAUCGAAUAUGGCCUAGGAUUCGGAAAAUUUGGUUUUCUAGGCUAUGCUGAACAAUUUGAUACCAAAAUAUGGCCUAGAAAUACAUAAUUUGGUUUUCUAGGCCAUGUUGAUACCAAGUAUGGUCUAGAAUUCAGAAAAUUUGGUGUUCUAGGCUAUGCUGAGAAUUUUGAUAUCAAAUAUGGCCUAGGAUUCGGAAAAUUUGGUUUUCUAGGCCAUGCUGAACAUUUUGAUACCAAAUAUGGCCUAGAAAUAAAGAAAUUGGUUUUCUAGGCCACUCUAAUGCUUCUUCUUCGUUUCAGGAGUUCGAACCCUCUACACCGGCGAUUUUUCAUGUAUGGAAAAUCGUCUUUUAUGUGCGGCCGAAGUUCCGCCGAUUUCACCGCAAGUUUUGAUCACCGAAUCCACGUAUGGAACACAGCAUCACGAUGCUCAGGAUUUGAGAGAAGAACGAUUCACGCAAUUGGUAAGAAAUUUGAGAUUUUGAGCGAAAAUUUGGGAAAUUUUGAGCCUAAACAUGUUAGGAUUCAAAAAAUUUGACCUGGAAAACAUAAUUUUCAAAAAUUGAAACCUAAAAACUUCAGAAGCUUUGAAAAAUUUUAAAAACUGAAUUUUGAGUCGAAAAUCCACGUGGAAUUUGAAUUUUCUGAAAAUCUGAUUUUUGAGCUCGAAAUCCACGUGGCCCGAAUUUUUUUCCAAAAAAAAAUCAAAACGUGAAAUACUUUACGUGUAUUUUCUCUCAAAUUCAACAUUUUUCUCAUUUUGCUCUAAAAUUAUAUCAGAAACAGGUGAGAUCUUCAAAAUCUCUUGAAAUUUCCAAUUUCGACACACAAAAUCCCACAUUUUUUCCAGGUCCAUGAAAUUGUUGGUCGCGGUGGUCGUUGCCUGAUUCCGGCUUUUGCUCUUGGCCGAGCCCAUGAACUGUUAUUGAUUUUGGACGAAUAUUGGGAAACGCAUCCUGCAUUGCACAAAAUUCCAGUUUAUUGUGGGUUUUUUGGGGAGCUAAGGAGCGGCCGCUUGAGGGAAAGUGCUGGCAAGCAGCGGGGCCUUGAGAUGCACAUGUAUGCUCAAGGGAUGGCGCCUUGUCGUUCCAAUUUCGUUCCCAAGCAGUGGAUUCUUGACAAUCCUAUUUCAUUUCAAAGCAACUGUCCCUUGACACUCAUUAUUUUCACCCUCAAGCAGUGGCUCUUUGACAGCCUAAUUUUGCACUCAAACGGCUACUGCUUGACUUCUCAAAUAUUUCAUAAUCAGCGGCUCCUUGAAAUUCUAAACUUGCUCUCAAGCAUCCAACCCUUCUCAACACGUUUUUCAUUCCAGACGUCUCCUCUUUGGCCAAAAAAUGUAUGGCUGUCUAUCAAACUUUUGUCAGUGGAAUGAAUCAACGGAUCCAAAAACAGAUUGCCGUCAAAAAUCCAUUCAUUUUCAAACAUGUUUCGAAUUUAAAGGUGAGUUCUGAAUGUUCACUGACGCAUUCUCAAGAUCUACAAAAAAUGCGCCAACAAAUCUCUCUAUAUUUUUCCAGGGAUUGGAACAUUUCGAAGAUUCAGGUCCUUGUGUAGUUCUAGCUUCACCCGGAAUGUUGCAAACUGGUCUAAGUCGAGAAUUGUUUGAAAGUUGGUGUACAGAUUCGAAAAAUGGGUGUAUUAUUGCUGGAUAUUGUGUCGAAGGAACUUUGGCCAAGGUGGGUGGAUUUUAAAGCUUAAGUUAGAGAUUUUUCUGAUAUUUGGGUGCCAAAACCAUUGAUUUUUGCAGCACAUCCUUUCGGAUCCUGAAGAAAUUGUUGCGAUGAAUGGAGAACGUCUUCCGAUGCGAAUGCAAGUUGAAUAUGUCCCAUUUUCAGCUCACACUGAUUUUGUGCAAACUUCGAAUUUUGUGAAAGCACUCAGGCCACCGCAUUUGGUGAGUUUUGAAAUUUGCAUUAAAAUGAACCUAAAUAUGGCUAGAAACCUUAAAAAUGGCUUUAAUGACCUUAAGGUUAUUAAGCUGGAAGUGGGAAUUAAAAUAAACCUAAAUAUGUCUAAAGUUACCUUAUAUACAUUGAGCUUCUCGGAAUUUGCAUUAAAAUGAACCUAAAUAUGGCUAGAGACCUUAACUACAUUAAGUUUCUUGAAAUUCACGUUAGAAUGACCCUAAACACUAACUACUUUAAGGUUUUUUUCCUUGUAAAUCCUAAGUUACCUUAACUACAUCAAGCUUCAAGAAAUUUGCGUUAGAAUGAAUCUAAAUAUGGCUAAAAUUAUCUUAACGAGGGUAAGGACUUUUUCCUUCCGAAAUUCAAUUGGUUUUGUCCUAAGUUACCUUAACUACCCUAAGGUUCUCGAAAUUUGCAUUAAAAUAAACCUAAAUAUGGCUAGAGACUUUAACUACUUUAAGUUUCCUGAAAUUUGCGUUAGAAUGAUACUAAACACUAACUACUUUAACAUUUGGUUUCUUCCUAACCUAAGGUUCUAGAAAUUUGCAAUAAAAUGAUCCUCAACACCCAAAUUGUAUCCCUAAUUACCCUAACUACUUUAAGGUUCUUGUGCACGGCGAGCAACACGAAAUGGGCCGCCUAAAAUCCGGAAUCGAACGACAAUUUUUGGACCUAAACAUCCCUAUUGAGGUACAGUAUUUCUAAUUACAGUACCCCCUAAAUUCUUCUUAUUUUUUAAGGUGCAUAACCCGCGAAACACUGAUCGAAUUGAGCUCGAAUUUCGAGGUGAAAAAACGGCGGAAGUUGUCGGAAAAACAAUGGACGAGGUAAGAUUACUGUAGCCUAGAUUACUGAAGUGAUCAUUUUGUACAUUCUUUCAUGUCUGAGUCGCAGAUUUUUCCGAGACUCAAAACAUUUCGUGGAUCAAAAAAUUCAAAUUUUCUCAAAGUUUCAUUUUUGUAUUUUUUUUUUCAAGAAAAGGUCACAAACCCAGAAAAUAAGGAUUAAUUAUAGAAAAAGAAAAAGACUCAAAUUUUCAAAAAAAAACAUUAUGAAGCAAAGAAAUGAAAGAACUUGUUCUGAUGUGCAUUAUAAAUUAAAUGAAAAAUUUAUCUCACUUUUUUCACAUUUGAAAUUGAAAAAUAAUAAAGUGAUGAAGUUUUUCUAGUGACAUAAAAUAGCUAAAUUUGUUGUCUAACUAGCUUAGAAAAUUGUAGAUGGUACAAAAUUCCAACAAUGAAAAAGCGGAAACAGAUAAUAAAAUAUUUGACCAAUUAAAUUUUCAGAAUUUGACGGAUGAACAGCAAUGUGAAUUAACAACACGAAUCAAUGUUAGCAAAUUAGACAACUCGGCCACCCACAAGGUAAAAUUUAUUUCAUGUUAUUUCUAUCAGAAAAUUUGAUUUUUCCAAUUACAGUUCGCGUUCAUCCGAGGUUGCAGAGGAAGAAAAGAAAUCCAUGAGAGACUAAUUCAAGUAGGUUUUUUUCUUUUGGGAAAUUUUGAAAUCGGCCAAUGUUCGAUUAAUCGCACACAAUUUUCAAGAUAUCUGAACCGAACCAGGAUGACCACCAUUUGAAAAAAAUCGGACCAGGUUUAGAUUUUUAUCUGCCUCGGACCCGAAAAAUGGGACCUCUUGUUUUUGAUCGCCUUUUUUGACUCUAGAUCGGAUAAUUUCGAAAUUGUGAUCAGAUUCAAAAUACUUUUUUUUUUAGAAAAUUGGAUCUGAGAAAAAAGUAUUAGAAAAUUGGAUCUGUUCAGACAUCUUGAAAUAGUGUUCGAUUAAUUCACAACAUGAGAAAGAGCAAUCUGUGAGUGUGAUGGAGACUAAAAGACUUUUUUGAUAAGUUUAGAGCUCCAGCUUCAUCACAGAAGCUCUUAUCAGUUCUUAUCACUCAAUUAUCAAUAUCAUCUGAUUGAGCUGAAAAUCGGGAUUUGUGGGUUUUCGAGUAUGGGGAAUCGUGUGCUAAUAAUGAUUUUGUCUGAAAAUCACUUUUAAAGGACCAUAUGACUCAAAAAAAGUUUUUGUUGAAAACGAGGUAUUUUGGCACGGCGAACAUAUUGGUGAGGUAUGCGACCCGGAACAGACUUUUAAAGCCGCAUUCCAGGCUAUAUACACAUUUUCCGAGUUAUUUUUUUCAAACUAUCAUAACUUUUUCAUUUUUGAAGCUUUUUUGACAGUUCGACAACCAUUGUGACGGUCCUGAGGCGGGCUACAUUUUUGGUGUUAACACCAACUCCCGUAAUUCUCCUAAGAGGUGAAAAACACGCUUUUUCUCUCGAAAACGUCAAUUUUUGAUACAAUAUAUGAAAAAAAAUGCAUAUUUCACCUCUUAGGAGAAAAUAACGGAAGUUGGUGUUAACACAACACAUGUAGCCCGCCUCAAGACCGUCAAAAUGGUUGUCGAACUUUCAAAAAAGCUUCAAAAAUGAAAAAGUUAUGAUAGUUUGAAAAAAAUAACUCGGAAAAUGUGUAUAUAGCCUGGAAUGCGGCUUUAAAAGUCUGUUCCGGGUCGCAUACCUCACCAAUAUGUUCGCCGUGCCAAAAUACCUCGUUUUCAACAAAAACUUUUUUUGAGUCAUAUGGUCCUUUAAAAGUGAUUUUCAGACAAAAUCAUUAUUAGCACACGAUUCCCCAUACUCGAAAACCCAAAAAUCCCGAUUUUUAGCCUCAUCAGAUUAUAUUGAUAAUUUAGUGAUAACAGCUGAUAAGAGCUUCUAGGAUGAAGCUGGAGCUCUAAGCUUAUCAAAAAGUCAUCUACUAUCAUCAAACAUCAUUCUCUCCAACUCCCAGCUCAAUCUGAUAAUUUUGAAAUUUCACUGAUAAUCACUGAUAAGAGCUUCUGGGAUGAAGCUGGAGCUCUAAGCUUAUCAAAAAAGUCAUCUACUAUCAUCAAACAUCAUUCUCUCCAACUCCCAGCUCAAUCUGAUAAUUUUGAAAUUUCACUGAUAAGAGCUUCUGGGAUGAAACUUAAGCUUAAAAUGACACCAAAUCUUGAAAUAUAAGCUUCUUCAAAAAGAAGUGCAGGCGAGCAGAUAAUCUGCUCAAGCAGAUGAGCGUGCUUAGCUACUCGAGUAGAUGAGCAGAUAAUGUGCUCGAGCUACUCAAGCCAAUUUUUUCACAUUUGAUCUUCACAAAAAAUCUUGAAAAAAAUUAAUUUACUCUCUCACUCUCACCGAUUGCCGAUUUGCAUAAGUCUGUCAUGUUUUGAAUCGGACCUCUCCGAUUAGUCGGAUUCGAUUUGAAAAUUAAUUUUAUUAAGUGCUUUGGCGAAGAAUAUGUUGAAAUAUCGAAAUUUCCGGAUGUUGUCAAUGUAUUGGUUAUGGCAGAAAUGUCGCACAUAAAAAUCACCAAUGGCGUGAUUCGAUAUUGCAAAUCGGAAAUCAUGAGGAGUGGACCUGAAGUUACGACGGAGAAGUUGAAAAGUAUAGUAAACUUUAAAAAUGCGACAAGUUGGCUUGAGGUUAGUUCCAUAAUAACGUUUUGUAAUAAUAUUAAGAAAAAAUUAUUUUCUACUUCAGCUACUCAAAAGUAUAUUACAAAAUAUAUAUGUCUGAAUGUGGAUAAAAAUGUUUUUUUUUCAGUCGGUGAAGGUGAAGAAGGAAAUCAACUCGGAAUAUCGACGAGUAUCAAAAGAAGUCGAAGCAAACUUCAAACAAUUGUAUCCCAACUUCGACUAUGAUUAUCUUCUACGGUAAGUAUUUUAAAGACACAUCAGCCACUAGAAAAAACAGAUUUCCCGCAUUUAUUUUCAAAUGACAAAAACAGCAUGUGCGCUCUAUUGCUUCGUUGUGUGCAAACUCUUUCGAAAAUCCCGUCGGCUGAGCGAUUUCAAAAACAAUUUUUUUCUUUUUUUCACUUUUGCCAGACUCAAAAUUUUUUCUUGAUUUUUAUGAAUUCCGAAUACUUGAAAGGUGUUAUGAAAGAAUAACAAACUCAUUUUCUGUUCAUUUCUAGUGGAUUGUGUGUCUUUAAAUACAUAUGUGCCAAAAUAUCAACAUUUUUAACAGGAACUUCAAUCAUUCAUCAGACCGCCCAACAACUUUGCGAGCAUUGGAAAAACACAUGGGAAUAUUGAUAUCAAAUGAAAAUGGAGAAAAUCAUCAACAUCGCCAAGAGUCUCCAAUCCAUCCACCGCAAAAUCAAAGUCACGAAUAUUCUACAUCAAAUGGCUCAUUGGCUUCCGGAUUCCCGGCUCAAACUCUUCCAAGCCCCUCAAAACCCCACAAUUGCUCGUAUUGCUCAAAAACAUAUAAAACUCCGGUUGGACUUACGAAUCAUUUGAUGCGAGUCCAUAAAAAAUCUACACCAACUCCAGAUGCGCCAAGUCAAGAAGUUGUGAAUCAACUAAUCUCACAAGCUCGUGCACAAGGACAACAAGAAAGAAUGGCUCAACAAGCACAAUCCGCGCAGCCACAAAAUCAACAUUCUGCUCAAAAUCCGGCGCCUCCUCCACCAACCAGACAAUUAACAUUGCCCGUUUCGGUUAAUAUGAGCAAUACGAGUUUGCAAUCGCAAAAUUCGGCGGGGAUUUCGCAAUCGUUCACAGCAUCUACCACAAAUCAACCUCUGAGAAUAUCGCAAAAUUAUGGACCGGUAAGGGUUUGGGUUUUUGGGAUGAAAAUUGAUCUAAAAAAUUCAAGAUUUUAGCUGAAAUUAACCUGAAACUCUUGGUUUCCGACCAAAAUUUUCAAAAUUUCAGAUUUUCAGCUAAAAUUUAUCUUCAAAAUAAGCUUUAUAGAUCAGAAAUUGCGUCUGAAGAGCCCCUAUAUCUAACCGCUGAUCAUUUUCAGCAACAACAACAAGCUGCAGCGGCUGCGAAUUCGCAGCAGAAUCAGUUGUCUCAGAACCACCAUCAACAACAGCCACAACAAACAAAAUUCUUGUAUCCGAAAAUUGGCAAAAUGCGCCCCAAAAAGAUUUAA